AUGGAACUCGAAUAAUAAUAAUAGCCAGUUAAUUUAAAAGAGCUUAAUCUUUCUCAAAUAUCAUAUUCAAGCAUCAAUGUAGAUCCAUAAGAAGAUUAUUAUGGAGGUUAUUCAGGAAGAUCACUAGAAUUGAACAUCAGAGAAUAUCAAGAAAAUAAUGAAUUUAAAAAAAAAAAUCUCCAAAUUGAGUUAUCAAUAGUCGAUUAUUUGAGUUCUUUGAACAUCAAAAUGAAAACUGAUCCAAAAGCUAAACAAGAUCGAUUCUUUUCGAACUUAAGAAAUUAAUGCAAACGAAGAGCUUUAACUUAAUUAGAAAUUGAAAGGGAUUUUUCAGAUAAUACACCAGACACAAUAAUCAAAAGUUCAUAGGUUUCAAUAAAAAUUAAUACAUUAUUUGAGAAACGAAAAACUUAGCUUAGUUUUGCCAGCACAAAUUAAAGUAUUUAGAGUAAAUAGGUGAUCUCAUUAAUAUAAUAAGAAUAAGAAAAAUUGUAAAAGUAAUAAAUGUAUGAAUGUGAGGAAAUAGAUAGCAUCAUUUCAAAUAAAUCACUUUAUUGA